GCUUGUCAACCAGUCAACGCUGCUCUUCCUGUUCACUCGGCUUUAUAUCACUCUUCAGUCUAGCACAUAAGGCUUCAUUAGUUCUCUGCUGAAUAUAUCUUAUUUUGCUCUACUAGUACAACGAAAUUCUUUGGUUGCGCCUAGCUCCCAUUCGUACCUUAAGCUGGCCGCCGCUCACUAUCUACCUCCAUGAAUGGUCCUUAGCUGUCUCUUGUAUUCUGGUUUAAGGGUGGAUAUGAUGCACUGCUGCUUAGGCAACCCACACUGAUGUGAUUCGAUUAACAUUGCAAGAUCUUUUAGCCCAUGAUGAUGACAUCAAACAUACUAUCCCGUUUCCUUCCUCCGAACGGCUCGCCAUCGGUGUACGAAACGCUUCGGCAACAGGACGCGGAAUCGAAUCCAUCGGAUGUUGAGGAACGUGCAGGAUUAGAAUUCGAAGAUGAUCGGAGGACUCAAUUUAGUGACCGUGAGUUGGAGGAGGCCAUGGUACACGCUGCGAGAGACGGCAUACAGAGCCCGAGCCCGAGCGAGCCGUUCCUGACUCAAGGGAGCCCGCAAAGAACCUCUGGCACAGCAACAGCUAAAUCUGGUUCCCGGCGGCGGAAACACAGUCGUCCUCGGUGGAUGCACCAGGACCCCGACGACGGUGAUGAUGAUGUGCCUCCCUCCCUCCUAGUAGAAGGACACCAGGAUGACGACGAGAUGAAGUCCCGACUCCCCCCUCCUCCUCCUUCUCAUCGCCACCCGCAGCGAGAACAUUCUCCUGCUCCUGGUCCUUCAUCGCGUGCAGAUCGAGCUCGUUGGAACACAACAAGGGAACAGCUGCCGCUCCACAAUGAUCGCAGGGGGCAACGUCCCGGGGCAAUCUGGUCGCUGGGGCAUCCCAACCUGGCCACAGUAGAUCCCAAAGAGAAAGCCAUGUGGCUGUGGGCAAACGUGGAAAAUCUGGACAAUUUUCUGAAGGAUGUUUAUACGUACUUCUUAGGGAAUGGGAUAUGGUCAAUACUGCUGAAUCGAGGUUUAAGCCUCUUGACAUUUGCUUUCGUGGUGGGAUUUAGUACUUUUCUCACCAACUGCAUCGAUUAUCGCAACUUUCGAGGAAGUAGAAAAAUGGAUGACAUACUCAUUCAACAGUGCACUAAGAAGAUGUCUAUGUCCUCUACCUUCUUGCUCUGGCUGUUGACUGUUUUCUGGAUUGGAAAGGCCUUUCAGUACUUGAUGGAUAUCAGAAGGCUGAAGCACAUGCAUGACUUUUACCACUAUUUGCUCGGAAUCUCUGACAGUGAGAUCCAAACGAUCUCCUGGCAGGAGGUUGUGAGCCGGCUGAUGACUCUUAGAGAUGCGAACCCCGCCACUGCUGGGGCAGUUUCUGCCAGGCAUCGCAAGUUCAUGGGGAGCCAGUCCAAGCAGAGGAUGGAUGCUCACGAUAUCGCAAACCGAUUGAUGCGUAAAGAGAACUACUUGAUUGCUCUGGUGAACAAAGACAUACUAGAUUUGACUCUCCCAAUACCGUUCCUCCGAAACAGGCAACUAUUUUCGCAGACGCUAGAAUGGAACAUCAAUCUCUGCAUUAUGGACUAUGUUUUUAAUGACCAGGGCCAAGUGCGAACCUUGUUCCUGAAGGACACCCACCGGAAAGCCUUGAGUGAGGGCCUGCGGCGGCGAUUCAUCUUCGCGGGUAUCAUGAAUAUCUUCGUAGCCCCCUUUAUUGUCGUUUACUUCUUGAUGCAUUAUUUUUUCCGCUACUUUAACGAGUACAAGAAGAACCCAGCCCAGAUUGGAUCCCGGCAGUAUACCCCUUUAGCCGAAUGGAAGUUUCGCGAGUUCAACGAACUCUGGCAUCUGUUUGAGCGUCGUGUCAACAUGUCGUAUCCUUUUGCUGGUCGUUAUGUGGACCAAUUUCCCAAGGAUAAGACUGUCCAGAUUGCUGGCUUUGUGGCGUUCGUUUCCGGCGCCCUGGCGUCCGUAUUGGCCCUGGUAUCCGUCAUAGACCCAGAACUUUUCCUGGGCUUUGAAAUCACACAUGACCGGACUGUCCUUUUCUACCUGGGUGUUUUUGGCUCUGUAUGGGCUUUUGCACGAGGGUUAGUUCCGGAAGAAACAAAUGUGUUCGAUCCCGAAUUCGCACUUCUUGAAGUGAUUGACUUCACCCACUAUUUCCCGAAUGAUUGGAAAGGGCGGUUGCAUAGUGACGAAGUUCGCAAGGAGUUUGCUAUGCUUUACCAGAUGAAGAUCGUUAUCUUCUUGGAGGAGAUCCUGAGCAUGAUCUUCACCCCGUUUAUUCUCUGGUUCAGCCUGCCUAAAUGUAGUGAUCGUCUUAUCGACUUCUUCCGGGAGUUCACCGUGCAUGUGGAUGGCAUGGGAUAUCUCUGCUCAUUUGCCGUGUUUGAUUUCAAGAAAGGCACCAACGUCAUCAGUCAAGGCGAUACGAGACGACGAGAGAGCGGGAGGCAGGACCUACGGGCGGACUACUUCUCGACCAAGGAUGGCAAAAUGCUCGCAUCUUACUAUGGGUUUUUAGAUAACUAUGGUGGUAAUCGCCCUGCGAACCCAUCCAGUCGCCGCCAGUUCCACCCUCCACCUGCCUUUCCCACGCUGGGGUCACCAUCUGCUGUCGAAAUGGGUAAUAUCGGCGAGCGGCUGGAGCGAACCCAAACACGUCAUGGUCCAGCAGCAGCUUUUAUGGGGCAACAGUCGGGCUUGGGCCCUGGCUUUGGAGCUGCAGGCUUUGCCGAUCAUGCGUCGCCCGCACCAUCUAUCCUCCUUGACCCGCAUCACCAGCCGAUGGGGUCAGAGUUCCGGACGGCAAAUCGAUCUGUCCAUUAUCCACGGUUUAGGUCAUCGCGUCCAGUGCGACCCAUGGCUGACCCAAUUGAGGACGACAAUGAAUCAACCUCCGCGGAGAUCCGUCGUGCUGCUGUUAAGAAGUCACCCCAGACGGGAUCCAGCGGUGGAGCUAUCGGCACCAGUGAUAGCAACCUGGGAGAGUCCUGGCGGAUGAAUCUGAUGGGGGAUGAAAAUGACAAGGACUCAGGCGAGGACGAAGAGAACGUCGAAGAGAUUGCUGGGAACGCAGGGGUCUUAGGGCUUAUCCAGCAAUUUCAAAAAGUCAGCAAAGACAACCGCGGACGCACCACAGUUGGGAUAUAGGGGUGGAUGGGUUUGUCACCCCUAGACCUCUUCAUUGGCAUUAAAAGGAUUUGUGACUGCUCCUUUCACACGACCAGCAUGGAAGCUCUGAGGUAUUCACGGCUUAUACAAGCGCGCGCCUAUAUUAAGUGUAUACACAUUCAAACCAGGUUUUACCUCCCCGUGGCACUGUGGAGUAAAUAAUGGCUUAUAAGCCCAGAUUACUAUUCGAGAUGUUCUGUCUAAGGUCAGGUAUCAACUAUAGAGAUAUUCAAUGAUUGGUUGCUAUCUGUUAUGAUGUCCCAUGCGGAACUCCACUAAUUAUAGUAGUUAGUUGCGAACAUUCUGGCUUAGGAAAUCGAGGAAGGCGAGAAGUCACAAGUAUGAAGUGUCAAAUUUCCUUGCUGUGAAUCACUUUGGCCAUUGUCUAAGAGAAUUGUUAGCUGUCAUCUCCAACUAUAUAAAGGCCUGCUUUUAGCUACAUACCAUAUGCCUUCUGGCGUACUGAAAGGGGUACGUUCAUGGCUUUACUAGGUACUUAGUGCAAUACCUAUCGUUCCAUAGUUAGAUGUGAUUGGGUUAAUCUGAUCCCAACUCCAAUUGAAUAGCCAUCGAUGAAAACGAAAGGUAAAUCAGGCCCGCAAUAGACGUUCUUCAGUACCAUACCAACCUAGCUAAAUUCCUCCAUCUUUGCCUUGCGCUAUCCUCCACCAGUAGUUGAAUGUCGUUUG